CUUUAGUUAGCUUGACACGAGCCUCACUGUUUACUUCCGGAUGAAGGGUCAAACUCGUUAGGAAAGGUUACUCUGGUUUUUUGGACAGCUGUUUUCUUAUUUUAAUAGAAAUUAUUGGUAGUUAUUAAUGUGAAACAUGUCGUCUGAUCGGCUGAUCGGACCUUCCUUGCCGCCGGUGUUUAGACAGGGGAAGAGCGAUGAAGACUCUGAUGAUGAAAAAGGGUUCUCUGGUCCCGCUUUGCCUCCCGGUUAUAAACGGGGAGAACCGUCGAGCUCUUCGGAUGAGAGUGAACCGGAGGUGUCGGUGAAAAGAGCGAAAACAAGGCACACACCUGCGGACAGAGAGGAGAGAACAAAGGAAGAAGAAAAAGAUGACGAUGAUGAUGAUGAUGAUGAUGAUGAUGAUGGUUUCUUUGGACCAGCCCUGCCACCAGGAUUUAUGAAACAACAAAGUUCACCUGAAAGGCCACCUGUGCUGGGACCAGCUUUGCCUCCUGGGUUUCGCAGAGCAGCAUACGAAAACGAUGAUGAUGAUGAUAACGAUGGUGAAGAUGGAGAGGAUUUUCCAGGGCCUGCGCUUCCUCCAGGAUACAGGGCUGAACCCUCCAGCAGCGAGGACGAGGAUGUGAUCGGACCCAUGCCGUCCAAAGGGCCUGUUCAAGACUCUGUGGCUCUGGACUUUGAGCGCCGGGCAAAAAGGAUGAAGGAGAAGCUGACAGGAGACGACACUCCCGAGGUGGUGACCAGAGAAACAUGGAUGACAGAGCUCCCACCAGAACUGCAGCACAUUGGUUUGGGGGCUCGAACUUUCAAGAAGAAGUCAGGCCCAGAGAACAAGGAUCGCUCCAUUUGGACAGAUACACCAGCAGACAGGGAACGCAAGGCCAGGGAACGCCUUGAGGGAAAGAAGAAGGGUGAGAAAGAGAAAGAUGAUGUCCCACAACUCUCCUGGAAGGACGUGGAAAUGGCAAAGAAAGUGUCUAAAUACAAUGAGUCUAAACGUGCCGAGUCUCUGAUGAGUUUGCACACAAAGACGAUGAAGGAAAAAGCGAAGGAGAAGGCUGACAAACCAGCGGAGAGGAGGCCAUUCGAUCGGGAUGAGGAUCUGCAGGUGAAUCGCUUUGACGACGCGCAGAAGGAGCGGCUGCUGAAGAAAUCUCAGGAACUGAACACACGGUUCUCCCACAGCAAGGAAAAAAUGUUCUUGUAAUGAAUUGUGAAAAUGUAAGUAAUGUGUUAGAACGUGCAGACGUGUAGAGUCCGGCUGGUGACGUUUUCCUACGGGGUUUGUAGAAUGUGGACUGUGUUUCUAUGAAUACCUAUGUGCUACAGAAAUGUGAGAAUUUAAUUUGAUGUUGGUUUAUGAGGUAAACUCAGUUGGACUACAUAGACUAUAAAGACAUGGCAGAGAUGUCCGUUCAUGGGAGUUAGGAGUCAGCGCAAUGCUACAGCAAAUGUUUCAAAGAAAGUCAGUGGAGCUUAUAUUUUUACAGGAAACACGAUUUAGGAUUGAUGAUACAGAACAAAAUAUUCAAAUAAAUCAAAUAUUUUUAUUACAUUUAUUUACAGUUAAUCAUACUAUUUUUCUGAAUAUGUAUAAAAUCACCUGUUAAAUGUAGUCAAGUUGAUUUUCAUUCUGUUCGACUGAUAUCACACUGGAAGUCAUUUUGAUCUGGUAUGCUGACAUUCAGGAAAACGCAGACUUAAUUAAGCCACAACAUUGUUUGAUGUUUGUAUAUUUGAUAUAUAUAUGAGUGAAAACUGUUUUUUUUACCUAAUUGUCCAUCCAGAUCAAGAAAAGCUUUGUCCUUCAGGGCUCAGCCCAGCUAGUAACCCUUUGUAAAAGUGUGACUGGUUUAUUUGACUUUAGGUAAAAACCUUUUGUACAGAUUGCUCUAAAAUGGAUUGUUAUGUAUGUUAUGCAUUCCAUUUAGCUUUGUAGUUUUCAUGUGUCCAAUAAUGCAAUUGUCUUUUUUU